AUGCAAAGCGAGCUGCCCUUAUGGAGUAGUGGCUUGGAGAACCUUGGCUACUCCGAUCCAUUUCCUUCAAAGACCAAUUCCACAUCACCGGAGGACAAAAUGGAUGAAGAUAAAAGCAGUCCAGCCAAGACCCAAAGCGAGCUCAGUCUCAGCGAAUCAGACGAAUCGAAAGGUUGGAUCCUCUACAUUGGUGCUAUUUGCAAUCGACGGACCGUCAACGAUACACUUAUCGAUUUAUGGCGGGACGGUGAAAGACGAUGGAUCAACGACGCCACCCGGGUGAUUCGUAGGACAGCAGAUGCCGUUCAAGUGGUUGACGAAUGGUAUGUUCAACGCGACUGCGACCCAAUGGAACCACGCAUUUCAUAUGACCAUCCUUCAGAUCCAACUGCCAUCGAGAUUACCUUUUUCGCUCGUUUUCUCACUGUUUAUCUACGUAGGUAUCACAUGACACGAGAACAACUAGUCUCAAGCGCAUCGCAAGCAAGGGACCUUGAGCGUGUGCAGUAUUACCUCUGGGGUCGGCGCGUCAUGUCUUUCGAAAAGAUAUAUCGUCCAGUACUCUACUUAGCAUGUCACGUCCACUUAUUACCACCCGAAGCCCAGGAGAACACGGCACUUUUGCAGGAAAUCUUUACUCAUGCCCAAAGAGGUCUCAACAAUUGCGCAGAAAUCAUUCCGUACUGGUGGUACCAGUUUCGCCACGAGUGGAUUUGGAAUAUCAUGAGAAGCACCUUCGGUGCCGCCGUGCAGAUUAUCGCUGCCGUGCUGAGCAAUUUCCACGCCUGCAAGCCUGGCUGGACACUUCAGCUGCCACCAAAUUGGUCUGCGCUCAUUAGCAUGUCGAUCCGAACAUUGAGAGAGUGGAGCAAUGAGUCCUCUGAUGUUGAACUUAUGCGGACGAUUCUAGAACGGAUGUACGAAGGUACUUCACGUCUAGUCGGAAGAAGACCAGAUUCUUUCCCCCUAUAG